AUGACCUGGUACAGGAAUCUCCCUCCUAACUCCAUCAAGUCUUGGGCCGAGCUCAAGGAACUCUUCCUGAGCCACCUCACUGCUUCCCGCCGUCAGAAAUCAGAGGCAAACCUCGAAGCUGUGGUCCAAGGGACCAACGAGCCUCUCCGAGACUACCUCGACAGAUUCAACAAGGAGGCCGUUCAAGUAGAGACGACCGAUUACAUGAAAAGGGCGCAGGCUUUCAUCUCCUUCGAGGAAGGCGAAGCGGCCGCAGUCAAAGCAUCAAGGGGAAAUGGUAUUGCUCGGAGCUCGAGCCAAGACCCGUCUGUCGCGCCCCGAGCAAACGAGAGAAAGAGGGACGACAGGUCCCGCGACGCAAAGGAGCGCAGAGGGCCAGCAGGACGCUUCAACGACUAUACCCCCCUGAAAGUUUCACGGGAGAAGAUCCUGGCCGAGUGCAUAAACACCGAGCUCAGAAACUCCAACAUCAGGCCCCCGAAGCCGAAUCCCUCCCGGCCGGGAACCGACAAGUCCAAAUACUGCAAGUAUCAGAAGAGCCACGGGCACCUGACGGACGAGUGCAUACACCUGAAGGACGCCAUCGAGACGCUGAUUAAAGAGGGUCACCUUUCUAAGUACACAAGGAAAGGAGACCCUCCCAGAAGGAAUGACCGUCGGAGCUCCGACGAGGGUAAUUCGCCGAACGCCAGGCCGCUGCAGGUGGCGUUAUCCGUCACCCGACCAGAGGACUUCAUACCCUCGGUCGGAGUGACAUCUGCCCUCAGCGUCUGGGAAGGGUUCCCAACAGCAAUGCUGAUAUCCAACGGCGGGGACCCUGGCUCCCUCACAAUCGGCUCAGUGAAAAGGAAGUUCGACGAGUUGAUCAGCGCCACCACGGACCUGACCCCAACCCUGAGGAGGUUCAAAGGGAGGUCAGAACCGAUCACCUUCUACCUGGAAGAGCUGCCUGGCGGCGCCCCGAACGCCACAAUCCCACUGCUCGUGCGAGAAAGGAUGGCGAACUUCGACGUCCGUCGGGUCCUGGUCGACGAGGGAAGCUCGGUCGACAUCAUGUACAACCACCUCUUCCAAACCUUACACCUGGACGACUCACAUCUCACUCCUUACGUGGGCUCCGACCUCCAAGGAUUCAACGGAACAACCACAAAGCCGUGGGGUUACGUCGAACUGCUAGUCUCCUUCGGGAGGGGGAAGCUUCCAGGCAAGUCAAGACACGGUUCUUGGUGA